AGCGGCGGCGAAACUGUGGUCGGUCGCCAAUCACUUCAAGUCUAUGGAGACAUGCCUCCUUGGAGGCUGGCUGCGAGGUGGUGGAUGUAGAACUGCAGGGCGGCUCGGCCCAGACUGCAAAGUUGUUACGAUCCGAUUACAUGUAUUAAUCCGCGCUGCACGCGGAGCUUCUGGUUCUGAGGCGAGGGUGCCAUACGACGGAUAUAGAUAACGCGGGGCCAGCGAAAGAUGGUAGUCAUCUCGCCCCCAAUGCUGCUGAUCUCAUCCGAGGCAGCGCUGCGAUCUUAUGCGCCGGGCAGCGCGCGAGUGGUGUGGCGGCAUUUUCCAACUGCACCCGAUUCCAGCCAGCAACAGCCAUGCAAGACGACGCGAUCCCUGAAAGGCCGUGCACCCCGCGCAAGCGGCUCCAGCUCGCGCAGGAGGAGGACCGCAAGACCAACCAGAAGUUCACGCGCGAGGCGAGCAUCCGCGACUUCUCGACGAGCUUUGUGGGCACCGUGCUGCAGGCCGCCGUCGGGGCGAACCGCGCAAGGAGCUGAGCCCGCGCUGCCUGCCCUCUCCAAGACCCCAAGACAAGACCCUGACAAGAGCGAUAGAGGCCACCAUAGACCGACGCGACACUCCGCCUCUCGCACUGACGCACGAGAGCGACCGCUUCCCACGAACCGCGUGGCGAGCAUGUAG